AGCAGAAAGAUAAGCUCAUGCCAUGGCUGAAAUUCAAGGCAUUGAUAAAUUUCUUAGUCACGAAAAAUUAGCCGGUGGGAUGGCUGACUGAUCAGUAGCGUCGUAGUGGUGGAGCUCUAAGCGUGGUUCAGGUCCCUUGUACUAUUUCUUCCGUCAGCAUCCAUCAGCUUCAUAUGCAGCACCAAGGCUGCUAUGUUCUGUACUCCUACUAGGUGUUGACCUUCGCGUCGAGUAUUUGCAGGCGGUUCCUUUAGGUAUGCCGGUUCGCGUCGACAGUCUUGCUAUUCGUUUCGCCGCUCCGCGUACGCCUCUUAGAUUUGUAGAUUGGACAAAGCCCGAUCCCACACAUGUCCCGUCCAUUCGCGGCGUGCAUUAUCCUGCCAUAGUCAGGCGACGAUGAUGAGCUAUUCGGUUGUCGUACAUCCGUUUUUUUCUUCUUCUGGAGAUUUCUUCUCCUGAGCCUUCUGAACCAGAGCAGUUUAGUUGGUUUCUGAGAAUUCUCAAGAACCAGAUUAUUCGUUUCCUUCUAAGCGGCCCGAUCAUCCCAGUUUCGAAGUUUCCUUUCGCCUAGUCCAAUGGUGAUCCAGUUAGCUCUAUGAAAUCGUCGUGAUUCGCCCAAAUUUCCAUUAUUCGUCGGAAAACAAUGAUUCGCCGAGUUUUCAUCAUUCGCCGUAGUUAAUGCAGCUAUUAGGUCUUAGCCUCCGUUACCUGCGCUAUGGCGUCUACAUGGUGGAUCGUCAGAAUGCCUCCAAUCUUUUGUUGAGACGUUAUAGACAGCGAAGAAAAUAACCGACUGGAAGCUAUGGCAUCUGCAUGGUGGAUCGUCAGAAUACCGCCAAUCAUCUGUUGACACGUUAGAAUAACACCGCCAGGAAAAACGCUCUACUGGAACUCCGUUACCGGCGCUAUGGCGUCUGCCUGGUGGAUCGUCAGAAUGCUGCCAUUCGUUCUGGCUGGCUUUUUAGGGCUAGCCGGCGUCAUGUCCGUCACCGUCUACGUUAUCGUCUUAUGGCUCCGCCGGAAGGACUCAGAAGAGAUUGCCAAGGAAUUGAUUGUCCGAGCCAAGGCCAGUCUACGUGGCGCGACGCCCGCUGACGUGGCAGCUGGCGUGGCGCAGCUAUCCGCGGCGGUGGACCGCGCGCCGUGGCUGGCGGGCUCCCUGCAGGAGAUCCGCGCGCGCGCGCUGAUGCGCCUGCAGCGGUACGAGGAGGUGGUGGCGGUGCUGGCGGAAUACCUACCGGAUCUGUCUACUGUGCACAACGCCAUGCACUACACUGAGGACGAGAACAAAUCAGCCACGGACAUGUGGCAGUGCCUGCUGCUGGGCCAGGCCACGUACCACCUGGGGUGGCUGGAUGAGGCGCUCGUGCUGCUGCGACGGGCCAAGAGGCUCAGCCAGGCUGUAGCGCGCAAGGAGAGUGCGCUGAUGGACGAGGACCAGUUCCCAGUCUAUGACGGCACCAACCCCGCAGCUACAGCACCCCUCUCCUCCUCCUCCUCUGCGGUGGAAACCCUAAACCGCCUCAUCCUCGUCAUCCGCUUCCUGCUCUGGCGCCGCUCUGCCGGUGAUGCUGCCUUUGCUGCUGGGCUAUACCCCGAAGCAGUCAGGCACUACUCCAAAGUUCUCGAGUCCAAGAAGGGCAUCCCCCAGUCGCUAGCCGCCUCUCUCUUCCUCCGCCGAGCCGCAGCCUUCCAAGCCUCCAGCCGCAUCGCCGAUGCUAUCGCCGACUGCUCCCGAGCCUCAGCCCUGGAGCCCCACCGAGCCGACGCGCUCUGGUGCCGAGCCUGCCUCUACCAGUCCGUCGGCUGCUUCCAGGAAGCUUCCCAAGACCUGGAGCGACUCCUUUCCUUCUACCAGGAGUUGCUGGCGUCAGCGGGAGGGGGCAGGGACCUGUGGUUACGGUUACAGAUCAGCUGCGGGUUCUGUGCGGCUUGCUUCUUCGACGAGGCUGUGAGUGGGGGGGCAGGGGCGGGGGGUGCUACAGGGGAAGGGGGGGAGCAGGUGGGGGUGAGCUUGGGGAAGAAAGCAGGGGGGAGUGGGAGGUGCAAGCUCUGUGGGAGAGUGAGAUCUGCUCGGCUAGGAGCAGGAGACACAGGGCUGGUAGCUGCCCUGGAGUUAGGGCUCGGAGGGGAGAAGCGGAAAUUCGUGGGCAGGCAGAGGGGGCUCAGGAGGUGGUUCGCGAAUGCGGUUGUUCAUGUGGGGAGGUGGCUUGUGGCUGUGGGGCGGCUGCUGGGAGUGGUGGCUGAGGAGGAGGAGGACGAGGCGGGGUGGUGGCGGGAACAGACUAACAUGGAAGUUGCUGAGAAGCAUCUCACGUGGGAGCAUGUGAGGAGGGUGAAGGUGAAGCUGGAGCAAGUGCGGGCGGAGGGAGACGCAGCUGCUGCUGCUGCAACCGCCGCCGCAGCAGCAGCAGCAGCGGCAGGAGCAGCAGCAGCAGCAGGAGCAGGAGCAGCGGCAGCAGCAGCAGCGGCAGCAGCAGCAGCAGGAGCAGCAGCAGCAGCGUCAGUGGCAGCAGGUGGUAGUGGUGGUAAUGGAGAGGGAAGGGAGGGAGUGGGGGGAGAGGAAGGAGGGGAGGAAAGGGAAAGAGGGCAGCAGUUGAGGGAGGUGGCACCGACCCACCGUAGGCUCAUGGACCAUGCCAGGAUCCUGGGCCUUUCUAGCACUACUGCUGCAUCCAUCGGUGCUCUUUCCAGCUCGCUCUCUGGCUCACUCUCCCGAUCGCUCUCUUUCACAGCAGCAGCAGGGGCAGAGGCCGCUGCUGGCGGUGCUGGUGGGCUGGCUAGUGCCCCGCCUUCUAUGCCGCAAUCGCCUAGGUUUUCCCAGCAACAGCAGGAGCAGCAGCAGCAGCAGCAGGAGCAGCAACGGGAGCAGCGGGAGCAGCAGAGAGAGAAGUUACGGGAAGGGCUAGCCGCCUCUCUCGCCCUCGCAGCGUACCGCAUUGCGCUGAUCCGCAACUCAGAGGCCCGUGCGCUCACUUUCGUUGAAAAGUGCGCGAUUAGGGAUGGGCGGAGCACGGAAGAGGUGAAGGAUGAGGUCAUGCACGAGUGGACGAGGCUAGAUCAGGUGCUCCAGGAGGCGUAUGCCCAGCUGAUACAGGCCACAGGGGGGAAUAAGGACUCUGCUGCUGCUGCGGCAGCCGCGUUACAGGUGCAUGAUUUGGACGAUAUGGAGGGGGAGGAUGGGGAGGGGGAGGGGGAAGGGGACGAGGAUGUGGGUGGGGAGUGGGAAGGGGAAGGGGAGGGCGGGGAUGCGGAGGGGCGGAUGCGGAGGAGGGGGGAGAGGCGGAAGCUGUUUGGGAGGAGGCUUCCCGGGACCCCGAGUUUUAACCUGAGAAAGGGAGGCGAUGAGAUGGACGUGGGGCGGAUGCUACGAGGGAAGUCGAAGGUGUGGGAGAGAGGAUUGGCGAAGAGAGGAGGGAAAGAGGAGAUGGAGGGGAAAGGGGAAGGUGGGGAUUGGUGGAGGAAAGGGAAGAGGGAUAAGAAGCUGAGGGAUGAGAGGGGGUGGAGGGAGAGGGAGGAGAGGCGGGAGCGGGAGCAGGAUUCGAUGGGGAUGAGUCCAAAGCUGCAUGCGUUUCGGAUGGAGAGGUGGGUGGAGGAAGGGGCGGUAAUGGAUGGCAUGAGAUUAGAUUCUUUCGAUUUUGGGGUGGUUGGUGAUGUAUUUGGUGGGCUGGGCAGCCGGAUGAAAAUCUGGAAGAAGAAAGAAGGAAUGAGGGCGGGUGGGAGGGAGAAGGAGGGGAGGGAGGAGGAGAAGGAGGAGAAGGGGGAGAAGGGAAGGGAGAAGGAGAAGGAGAGGAGGAGGAGGAGGAAACUGGGGGUGGGGGAUUUGCUUGGGGAAGAGGAGGAGGAUGAGACAGAGCAACGGUCAAGAUUUGGUUUUGGGGUGUUGGCGUGGGAGAGGGAGAAGGAUAAGGAGAGGGAAAGGGAGAGGGAGAGAGAGCGGAUGGAGAAAGAACGCGAGAAAGCAGAGAGGGAGAGGGAGAAAGAGAGGGAGCGGGCAGAGCGGGAGAGGGAGAAGGAGCGGGAGCGAGCUGAAAAGGAGAAGGAGAAGGCGGAGAAAGAGAGGGAGAGGCAGGAACGGAAGGAGAGGGAGCGGGAGGAGAGGGAGGAGAGGAAGGAACGUGAAAGAGCGGUGAAAAGGGAGAAGGACAGGGAGCGGCGCGAGAGGCGGGAGAGGAGAAAGAAGUUGCAGGGGUCAUCGGAAGAUCUGCCUGGGGAGUUCAGGGAGGAUUUGGAAGGGAAAGAGAGAGGGAGGGAGAGGGAGGGAGAGCGGCCGGAGACAGCCGGAGCAGUGGUGCAAGGAGCGGGGGAGCGGGGAGAGAAAGAGAGUAGGCUUCGGGGCAGGCUGGGGAGCUCUGGCAGGGAGAGUGACAGUGAGAGUGAGUAUGAGCGGGAGCAGUGGCACCCUGGGGGAGGGGGUGACUAUAACGAAGGAAGUGAGAGGUUUGUGGACAGACUGGUUGUGCAUGAGGGGGGUAAAACGGGGGGAGAGAGUGACACUGAGUGGGGGAAGAUGCGGGAUUGGGGGAGGAAGUUCGGGAGGAGGAAGAGGAGAGGAGGGGCGGCGGGAGGGGGGAAGAGGGAGAGCGAUAGUGAGAGUGACGUGGAGAGUGAUAGGAAGGGGAGGGGAGGGAGUGGGGAGUGGCUUAGAGGCACAGCAAGUGCAGGGGUGGGUGGGGGAGGGGGAGGAGGAGCGGGGAGUGAGAGUGAUAGUGACCGUGAGGGGGUGUGUGAGAGUGAGAGGAUUAAUGCUCUGAUCAUGGGGGAAGGGGCGCUUGGGGGCCCAAUGGCAGGUGAGAGUCGUUUGGGGGGCCUGCCAGGAGCAGCAGCAGCAGCAGAAGAAGAAGCAGGAGGAGCAGGAGGGGCAGGAGGGGCAGGAGCAGGAGGAGCAGCAGCAACAGCAGGAGUUGGAAUAGGACCAGGAAUGGGUACUGCACAAUUCACACCAGCUGGUGCCUUGUCCCUCGGAUCUGGCUCCUUCCCUUCCUUGCCCUCUCUCUCCGACACGCUGACGUCAGCAGCGCAGAGCGAGGAAGCUUCGUUCGCAACUUCCGAAACGUCGAGUCGUGGGGGGUUAGAGGAGGAGUGGGAGGGAGAGCAGGGAAUGGCAGAGAAGGGAAGGAUAGAGAGGGUUGGAGGGGCAGGGAAGGAGCAAGGGUGGGAGGGAGGACAUCUAGAAGGGAGGGUGGAGGAUUCAGGAGCAGGGGCAGCAGGAGGAGGAGGAGGCAUGGGGAGAGCAGCCUCGUUCUCAUUCUACAAUCCCAUGCCACCAACACCAGGAGAUUCCGUAGCAACACCUGCUACAGCCUCCUCCCUAGGACAUACCACCCCCUCCACAUACCACUCCUCGUCUUCCUCCUCGCCCUCCCCACUGACCUCCUUUCCCUCUGCCCUCGCCCCUGUCCCUGCCAAUCUCACCCCCUCUGGCCCCUCCCCUGGUCCCUCCCCUGGUCCCUCCCCUGCUGCGCCUCCCACCCUGGAGCGUCUGCUUAUCAGCAAGCCAUCGACCCCCCCUUCCCGCACUCUCUCAUCCUCCAUUCCGUCCUCGGUAUUGUCUGCUCCGUUAACAGCCAGUCCCAUGGCUGGAAGGAAAGAGAAAGAGGAGGGAUUUACUCCGAAAUGGGGUCCCCCCUCUUGGACCCGUGGGGGGAGAGAGAAGGAUAAGGAGAAGGAUAGGGAGAAGGGAGGGAGGGAGAAAGGGAAGGAGAGAGAAAAGGACAAGGGCGGGAGGGAGAAGGAGAAGGAGAGAGAGGAGGAGAAAGGAGGGAGGGCGAAGGACAGAGAUGCGAGUGCGGGGAGGGAGCGGGGAGAGGAGGAAGGAGGAAAGGAGAAGGAGAGAGGAGGAUUGCUGUAUCGGCAAGAUAGCCAAGAUUCGGACACUGGGAGUGAUGCUGGUGCUGCUGCUGCCGUUGCUGGUGUUGCUGCCAUCGCUGCUACGGGUAGUGCUGGUGCUGCCAGUGCUGCUGGUGCUGCCAGUGUUGGUGGUGCUACUAGUGAUGCCACUGCUGCAGUAGGGUUCGUUGCUAGCGAUGUGCCAACCGCAACCAAAGUCAGAGGGCGUUCGUUUAUGGAGGAGGAAUCAAGGCACAAAACAGCAGAAGGUGGCGGAGGAGGAGGAGGAGGAGGAGGAAGCGGAGGAACUGGAGGUGCAAUGAGACGAAGUAGGAGUGCUAAGGGCGGUGGCGGUAGUGGGGGGGGGAGUGGGGGCAGUGGUACUGGUGGGGGUGGAAGUGGGGGAGGUGGUAUCGGGAGCAGUUUCUUUGAGGCAGCGCAGAAGGGUGCGGGUGCGGGGAUAGGGUUAGGUGUGGGCGCAUUGCAGUCUGUGGGGGCUCUCAAGUUCAGGAGAAGGGGGGAUGAGAAAGGGGAGGGGAGAGCGGGGGAGGAAGGUGGGAAGGAGGGGAGGGAGGUAGGAGAGGGAGGGAGAGAGGGGCGAGAAGGGAAGGGGAAGCGGGAAGGGAAGGAGUCGAGGCCUCAGAGGGAGGCUAGUGAGGGGAUGGAAGGGGAGGAGGAGGAGGAGAGGAGGAAGAGUGAGAAGAAAGGUGAGAAGAAGCGGCAUGGGAAUGUGUUCAAGAUAGGAGGGUUGCUGGGAGGAGGAGGUAGUGGAGCUGGCAGCGUCCUCGGUAGUAGCAACCUGGGUACUAGCAACAGCAACAACAACGGCAACAACAGCAGUGCUGGACUUGUUGCCGCUGCCGUUGGUGCUCUUGCUGACCCAGCUGUACUCUCCCCAACAGCUGCCACAUCAGCGUCAGUCUUCUCCACGUCAGGACACAAGUCAGCCUCGUGGGAAGGGUCCACGUUGGAGCCUGCUAUUCUCAGCCCACACGCAGCGAGCCUUGCUGCUGUAACAGCAGCAGCAGGAGGAGCAGUAACAGCAGCAGCAGCAGCAGGAGCAGCAGGCGCAUAUAUGCUCUCCUUGGAGUCAGGUGAGCUAGAGGGAGCACCCUCGGCAGCAGAUGGGCUUGGAGGAGGCUCAACUGGGGCAGGCUCAACUGGGGCAGGCGCAACUGGAGAGGGCUUAGCUGCUGGUGCAGGGUCAGGCAUUCCUCCAUUGGCAAUCGGAGCAGGGAGGGGAGGGCUUGGUGUAGGGACUUUGCACGAGCAGGGGGGGAGGGUUCGAGAGAGGGAGCGAGACAUCAGCCCCCCUAAGCCCAGCCCCCACAGGAGCAAUAUCUUUUCUGUGCCUGGAAUCCGUCUAAGGAAAGACCCUAACAGGGAGAGGGACUCUUGUAGUAAGGCGGAGGGAGGGAGAGAGGGGUUUAGGGAGGGGGGAAGAGAGGGCGGGGAGAGGGAGAGGCCUCUGGUUGCCGCGGCUAUGGGUCUGGUUCGGCUGGAAGGCUUGGGACGGAAGGGACCGAGCAAGUCCGGGCCGAUGCUUCUGGGCUCGUAUGGAUCGUCUGGGGUAACUGUAGCACCCGCUGUAGCACCGGCUGUAGCACCGGCUGUAGCACCAGCUGUAGCAUCAGCAUCGUCUGCUGUAGCAGCUGUAGCACCGCCCUCGUCAGCUGCUGUGUCAGAAACAUCACCCGAGCUUGCAGCAGCAGCAACAGCAGCCAUGGCAGCAGCAGCAGCAGCAGCAGUAAGAGGGGGCAGCUUGAGCCGGGGGGAGAGCUGGAGUGUGGGCAAUAAGCCUGGUGGCGAUGGCUUUGCUGCUGGUGGUACUGGUGCUGCUGUUGGUGGUGGUGCUGGUGGUGCUGGUGGUGCUGGUGGUGCUGGUGGUGCUGGUGCGACUGCCACUGCUGCUGCAGCCACUGCUGACGCUGCUGCCGCAACCGCAGGUAAUUCCACCAGCGUUUCCGGAGGGUUGCACGAUGCUGUGACUCCAGGGAGGAAGCCAGCAUUAGGAGCAGCACAAGACGCUUCAGCAGCUACAGUCACCGCCCGGUCUGGGAAUAGUGAGAGGCUGCACUCUGCUGGCGAGAGGUCGCUUUCUGGCAGUCAACCUGGUAUCCGCGCUAGCAGAAGCGGCAGCUUCAGCAGCCACCACAGCAGCGGCGGCCACAGCAGCAGCCUCGGCAGCAGUGCCAGCUUCAGAGCAGCUGUGUUCGCAGGUCCGGGAAUUGAAGGGUCUAAAACUGGAGCAACAGCAGGAGGGGGGGGAGGAGGAGAGCAGGGAGGAUUUGGGGCAGUAGUAGGAACAGUGGCUUUGUCACCAGGUGGUUUGGAGCUGACUGGUGCACCUGCCGAUUGGCAUCAGGUGCCCUCUCAACCUGGCUAUUCCAGUGACACUGCCACCGUUGGUACCCCAGGUGCUUCUUCAGGUGGUUUCUCAGGUGAAUUCGGCACAGACCCCUUUUCCCCAACAGCAGCUUUUGAACCACACUCCAGCCACCCUCACUCUCUCACUCCCCUCCUUCCUGAGGUGGAGGAGGGAGAUGAGGAGGGGGCUCUAGGGGAGGAGGGGGGGGAGGAGUGUGGGGAAGGAGAGGGGUUAUAUGCAUGCGGGGGGGAAGCAAGUGGGGAGGUUUAUGGGGAGGCAGAGGCGGCUACACCGAGUGCAGUGGAGGGGAGGGCGGCGAAGAAGAUGGUGGCUCAUGCGGUGCUGGGGGGGCUGAAGAAGGGGCUGAGGACGGGCACUCAGCUGGGGAAGAAGCUCGCUGCUGCCACCAUGAGCCCACAGAGGGCCCUGGCCACAGCAAUCACCAAGGAGGUCGACUUCAUGAACACCAAGAUUGCAGCCACCAUCCGCAGCCGAGCAGGCCCUUCCGCCCCACCCAACUCGUCUCUUCUCACCAGCAGUGGCUAUGCCCCUAAUGCUGCAACGCUCACCAACAGUGGCAACAGUGGCAGCUUUGCCGCAAGCACUCUAGGCAGCAGCAGCAGCAGCAGUGCCAACGAGGCUUCAGCUGCAGCAGCAGCAGCAGCAGCAGCAGCGUCCGCUGCAACUUCUGCUGCUGAUGGUAACGGCAGUGGUAGCGGUGCUAUCAGCGAUAGUGGCGGUACUGGUGCUGCUGCUGGCACUGCCUCAUUUACUAGUGGGGCUGGAAUACCGAGCUCGCAUGCCUCAGCAGGAUCCUCGGGUUCACAUCCCUCCAUAUAUGUGCCUCUCCCCUUACCCUUCACUACUCUAUCAUCUCCCGAUUCCUCCCUGGCCGAAGCCCUGGCUGCAGCAGAAGCAGCAGCAGCAGCUUAUGAAGCAGCAACUGUACCAGGUGUAUCUGCAGGUGCAGCUUCAGCAGCAGGAGCAGCGGCAGCAGCAGCAGCAGGAGCAGGGGAGGUUGGUGUAGUUGGGAUGGUUAGCGCUGGGGGUAUUGGCCGUAGCAACAGCACCAGCACAGUUCCCGGUGAUACCAGUUCUGGUAGUGCUAGUGGCAAUGGUGCAGCAGAGAGAGGGGAGGGGGGGGUUUGUCAGCCGGUUGAUUGCCAGUAACCCCGCUGGUGGCAGUGGUAGUGGCGGUAGUGGUGGGGCUUUUCGUGUGGAGAGGACUCUUGUCUGGCGAAGGUUAGUGCAAUAGUAGUAGUAAACGUGAUGUCAAUUAUAGUAUUUGGGAACAGAAAACCGUUGUAUGCCAGUACACCUCAACGGUGGCUCCUUGUACCAUAUUGCGUAGCACGCUUA